AUGAGUGAAUAUAAAUCAGAUGAAUAAUAAGGCAAUAAAAAAUAUGAUAGAAAUGUACUUCAUUUUGGGGCAACAGUAUAUUUAUGUUAUGAGGAUGAAACUGGAUAAGAAUAUUAUAUAUCUGCAUAAGGAUUCACAAAAGAUAAGAUAAUAUUAAAAAAAGAAACUGAAAUGAAAAAAAACGGUAAUUAUUAAAAAGCCUUGUUUAAAUUAUAUCCUUAAUUCUAUUAUAAUGAAUAUCUAAAAAAUAAAAACAAAUACUAUUAAAAAAAAUAAGUUGAAAAGACUUAAAAAAAUAUUUCACUUUUAGAUAAGAAAUCUGCAAGAUUAAAUAUACCAAAAGAAAUAAAAUCAAUGGAAGAAGAAGUUUUAUUAAAUUAUGAUUAAUAUAAAAAACUAAUAGGAACACCAAUAUUAUUUGGAAGUACAAUAUAAUUACUCCAUUAUAAUUCAAAUAAAUACUUAUAUUUUGAUUUUAAUAAUAUUUCAGAAGUAGAAAGUGAUAAUUUAAAAUGUGUAUUGAGAGAUGAAUAUUGUAAUGAAACAUCUUUUUGUUUUGAGCCUGGAUUUUUAUUUUAAUAAGAAAGUAAAGGGUUUAUUUUUGAUUAAGAUACUGUUUAUAUAACGAGUAUAAUUGAUUCUAUUACUAGUUCAGGAACUCCAUAUUUGCAUGCAUCUAAAAAAACAGUUUAAAAUGGAAAAAAAAAACAAAAAAGAGAAGUUAACAUUUCAACUAAUAAAAAAACUUAAUGGAAAAUAAAAGUUUUUUGCGAAUAUAAUGAUGAAAGGUAAGGAUUACUUUAAAUUUGUGAUAUUAUAUGGAUUAAUUAUUCUGAAUAAGAUCUUAAUUUAAUUGCAAAAUAAACUGAUUAAAAAUAAAAUUCGUAUAUGUUGAAAUUUGAAGGUUGUGAUUCCACAGAAAAAUAUAAAAAAUUUAUUGGAAAUACUAAUGGAAUGUUUGUUAUUGAAAAUGAUAAUAUGUAAAAUGGAGGAUUAGUUGAAUGGGAUAAUUCUUAUAAAUUUAGACAUUUAACAACUAAUUUCAAUAUAGAAGAAGAUUAUUGGUUUAAAACAGCUGAAACAGCUUAACAUGAUUAUAACACAAACACAAAAAUAGAUACAAAAGCUGAUUUUGAUGAUGAUUUUAUAUAAAAUUUGAUUCAACCUUAAUUUUCAACUAAAAAAAAGGAAGAAUAUGUUUUUAAACUCGCAAAAGCUAAUUUGAAUGAAGUUAGAAUGACUUAAUUUUUACUUGAAUGUAAAAAAACAAUUUAAAAAGUUUACAAAUACUUAACUCCAGAAUUUAUUAAAGAUAUAAAAGCAGUAAAAUUCGAAUAAGAAUUUUAUUUGUUUUUAUCAAAGACUUAAAAAUUAGAAAGUUGCCUAAUUUAAUUACAUUUAUUUUGUUAUAACAAACUAUUAUCUUAUCUAUAUAGAGAUUAAGAUUAUGGAGAAAUUAAUCAAUUCAUAUAAAAUAUUCUUAGAGAAUAAUACUUUAUUGAAUUAUUGACUUUAAUUCUUGCAAAUUCAUUUCCUAAAUUGGAACAUUUAAAAGAAAUAUAAUAAACGAUGGAAAAAGCUUAAAAUGAAAAACAAAAUUAUGAAUUGUAAAUAAAGAAAGAAUUUAUUUAAAUAAAAUAAAAAAUUUGUACUUUAAUUUAUAAAGUAAUUUGUAGUAUUUGUUCUAAUAAUUAAAGAAACUAAUAAAGAGCUGCUAAUUUUUUGCCUUUAAUUGCUAUGUAAUCUUAAUAUAUUGAAGGAGGAAUGGAAUGUAUAAAAUCUAUAAUUUUAGAUUUUGAAGAAUUACUCUAUCAAUUACAUAACUUGAAUGGAUAAGUUGAAAAAAAAAAAGGAUUACAAUAAGUAAUAAUAUAAACAAAAAGGCUUAAAAUUCUUUAGAUAAUAGAAUAAGAAGAGAAGUAUAGAUAUAAAUAUGAAAAAAUUACUUAAUAACUUAAAAAUCUUAAUUUUAAAAUAAAAGAAUAAUGGGAUAUUAUAGAUUUUUAUUGUUAUUUAUUGAUUAAAAAUAAUAAAUUUGAAAUAAAGAGAAAGCUACUUUCUUUUUUGGCAACUGCAGCUACUUAUAGAUAAUGCGGAAUUAAUGUAAAUUAAGAAUUAAUUUAUAAAUAUUUAAUUCCGAAAAAUGAAGAAUAAGUUUAUGAAGAUAAUUAUUUCAUUAGAAUAAAAAGUGAUGGACCUACUCUUAUAGUUUUUGUUAAUAGCGAAUAAAGAAAAUUAGUUGAUAUAGUAAAUUAGAAAAAUUUCCAUUAAAUAGGCAAAAAAAAUAUUGAUGUUGCUUAAAAAUAAGAUAAUUUGUAAAAAAUAAAUUUAUAUAUUUUAAUUUAUAUAAUUUUUAUUUAUUUAAGAUUGUAAAAUGAUUAUAUUAAAAGUGAUACAGAAAUUCUAAAUUUCAUAUCGGAUCAAAUACAAUUUUAUGCUAGUAUGUGCAAUAAUAGAAAUAAUACUUGGAAAAAGUUUGUUGAAAAUAGCUGCAACUUUUAUGCACUUGUUGAAACAAUUACUGAUUAAAAAUUUAAUUAUGAAAUUCGUUCAAUAAUAUGCUAACUACUUAAUAAACUUUUCUUAGAUUAAGAACCUAAAAGAAUUUAAUAUGUACCUGAAUUAUGUAAAAUAUUAAAAAACGAAUAAGAUUUAUAAGACUAUGACGCAAUUAAUUAAUAAGAAAAGGAUUUUAUUGAUUAAAUUUAAGCUAAAAUUUUACAAUAUAUAUAAUAAAAGUCUGAAAUUGUUGAAUAAAUGUAGAAAAUAGUUGAGGGAGAGAAUAGUAAAAACAAUGAAUCUAAUUGUAAAUUAGUUUAGCAAAAAAGUGAAGAUAUUUAUAAUAAUUUAACUUUUGAAAUAAUGAAAUUGUUUAGGCUAUUAAUAGAUUUUGGGAAAUAUAACAUACAUUAAGAAUUAAAAAACUUUAAAUAAUAGCAAAAUAACAAUAAUAAUGAAAGUAAAAUAAUCCCAUAAGAUUAAUUUUUCAAAAACAUAAGUAGUAUGAUGAAUAUUUUUGAAUUUGAUAAAGUUUUUCCAGAGGCAAGAAAUAUUUUAAUAUUAAAAAGACAGUAAAAGUAAUCUGGUUAAAAUAAAUAUUAAGAACAAGGAAAAAAGUUAUUCUAAAAUAUGACUGGAUUAAUGGGAAAAGCAUUUAGCAUAAUUAAUAUAUUUAGUGUUUUUUAAUAAGAAGAUUAAUCUAAGAAAAAAAAAAAAUCAUAAACAAAUUAAGAAGGAGCAAUUGCAGAUGAAAUAAAUUAAGCAGACAGUUUUUUAAAAUAAGCCGAUGUUUUAAAAAAAAUUAUACUGAAAUAAAAUAGUGAUAGUUAAAAUACUCAUUAUUUCAACAUAAAAAAGGAAAUGUGUGAUAUACUUAAAUAAUAUUUGAACUAUUAAUAAGAUUUUAUGCUAAAUAGAUUAAAACAAUAAUUUUUCUAAAUAGUUUAAUAAAAUGAUCUAAUAAGAAAAAUUCAAUCUGAAAAUUAAGAAGAUAAACAGUAAGCCUUUAAUGAUUUCAAAUAAACAAUCAAAAAUAAUAUAAAUGCUUUUCUUCCAAGUGUUUUAAUGACAGGAACUUCUGUUGAUGAAAAAGAAGAAUUUCAAAAAUAAUUUAUUUCAUAUUGCUUAGACAAAAAUAAUUAAAAAGGUAACGAAGUUCCUAAUUUUAAUCAAAUUCUCGGUUAUGAAGUUUUCCCCUAUUUAAUCUUAAUGUUUUGCUUCACUUAAAAUUUUUAAAUGGAAAAGUAGGUCCUUAAUAUAAUAACUAGAUUUUAUAAUUAAAGAUAAGAAUUUGCAACUCUAACUUCUUAAAUGUUAAUUCUUUUUGAUGAUGAUAAUUAAAAAGUAUUCGAAUUUUGUAAAAUGAAAAUUAAAAGUCUUUCUAAAAAUAUUGAUGAGUCUGAAACUUGGAUUAAUGAUCUUAAGGAAAGAAAAAAUAUGGUCAUUUUAGAUUAGACUAUUAAAGAUUUUAAAUUCUUAAGUUAAAUAUUAAUGCAAGGAAGUAACCUUAUAGUCCAUGAAGAUAAAAAAAGUUAUAAUAUUGAAUUGCUUUAUGAUAAUUAACAAGUUAAUAUAAUAAGAUAAUAAAUGCAAAAUCAUUUAAAAACUUAUUUGCUUGCAAUUAAUUUAAUAAAAGAUUCUAUUUAUUUGGUUGCAUAGAAUUGUAACUUAAAACUUUAGCAUUUAUAUUUUGAAUAAUUAAAAUAAUUAUUCUAAGCUUGCUUCUAGUUUUUGAAAAACUUUGUUAAAUAAAAUCUAACAAAUUAAAAUAUUCUAAGUAAUUAUUUAAUAUCCCUUGCUUAAGCACUUCCUUUAGACAUCGGUCUUAAUGAACUUUAUUGCGAAAUUUUUAGAAAUAAUAAAAAAAUUUGCACUGAAAAAUAAAAAGAAUUAAUGAGACAUUAUAUUGAUUUAAUUACCUAAAAUGGAAGACAAGCCAAGUAUUUGGAAUUCUUUAUCAUUAUUCAAAAAGUUAAUGAUGAACAUAUAUUAUAAAAUUAAAAGCUUGUUUUGAAUUCAUUCUUAGAUUAAAAAUAAAGAACUUAUUUACUAUAUUUAAAUGACUCUAAUAUAAAAAAAUAUACUAAUAAAUAGUAAAAAUUCUCAUAUAUUUAUCAUAAUGAAAAGGAUGAGCCAUAUUUUUACCAUGCAAAAUUAAUUGAAAUGCUAUCAUUAACAGCUGCAGGUAAAGAGGGUACAUAUAUGAACGAAUAAAAACUAAAAUAAAACCUAAGUUUAAAGUAUGUAUUUCAACUUUUAAGAGAAAAGGAUGAUUUAUCUGAAAAUCAAGGUUUAGAUGAAGAAGUUGAAGAAGAAGCGAAUUAAAAGAUCAAUUAAAUAUUAAACUUUGAUAAUAAUAAUUUUGAUGAUAGUGAUGAAGAGGAAAAUAAUUAAAUUGAAAAAACUAACGAUUAUUUUAAAGGUAUAACUUAGAUGAAAAUUCCUUUAUUAAAUUAUAUAUAUUCCACAUUUUUAGAAACUGAAAAAGUUUCUGAUGAAUUCACUCGUUAUGUGAAAGAUUUUGUAAUUUUUUUACGCUGUGAAAAUUAAAGAAUUUUAACACAUAAUAAUUAUUCAGAUUUAUAUUAUUAAUAUUUGAAUUAACUUCUUAAUAUUUUAUGUGCCUAUAAGCGUAUUUUCAAUAUAGAAGCGGAAAAUAAUUUAAAAUAAGAAAAAGAAUAAUAAUAACAAUAAGAUACAUAUAAUAUUUCUUAAGAACUUUUACAUGUUGUUGAAGCAAUAUAGGCCAGUAAAUUAAUGUUUGUAAAUGAUUCUUAUUAUAUUGAAAAAAAAUCAUAAAACAAAACUAGUAUUAGCCCUACUUUAUAUGAAACAUAUUAAUAAAGAUGGAUAUUUUUCAAAACUUUAGUUUCUGGAAAUAGAGCUUAAGCAUUAAAAAUGGAAUAAACUUAAGAAUAAAUAAAGGCAAAAGCAAGAGAAUAAUAAUAUUAAAAAUAAAUUUCUUCUAUAAAGAAAAAAAAUACGGAUAAAUAUAGUUAAGCAGGUUUUAAAGAAGAUUAGAUUUGGUAAAAAUUAUGGCAUGUUUUUCUUGAUAAUUUUCUUAAUUCUGAAGAUCUUAAAACAUUAAUUGAUGCUGAGCAUAUUAUUUUUGCUGAAGCUUUAGAUAAUGUAGAUAAAUUAUUUAAAAAAACUCAAAUUGUAAACCAAAUAGUUACCAAAAAAGAAAUUUUUAAAAAGCUAAUCAAUUUUUUGAUAAAAGCACAUAAUUUAGAUGAUUAAAUUGAAACAUCCAAACUUAUAUUAAUCAUACUUGGAAACUUUAUUUAAAUUAAAACUGAGGAAAUCUAAAAAGAAGAUAAUGAAGAAAAAAGACAAGAAAUGGAAACUGAAUAAAUAGAAAAUAAUUAAAAUUUCUUAAAUCAAAAUAAUGCUACUUUAAUGCUUUUAAAUCUUUUAAGUGACUAUUCAAAUCCUUAAUACAGUGACUUAAUAUUUGGAGAUCUUAUUUAAUUUGGAAUUAAAUUGUUAGAAGGAGGAAAUAGAGAAAUUCAAAAAAGCUUUUAUGCAUAUUUUAUGUGUUAUACUAGCAGUGAAGUUCUUUUUAAAAGGCUUCAUACUUAAAUAAGCGAGUAAAUAACUAUGUUAAAAUAGAAUAUUGUAGACACUAAUAAUUUAAAUUUGUAUUUAUUCUAAGAAAAAGAUGACAUAAUUCUAAGUAUCUUAUAAUUUUUGCAACUUUUGGCUGAAGGUCAUUAUUUGGAAUUAUAAAGAUACAUGAAAUUUUAAACUAAAAAUUAUCAUAAUUUUGAUUUAAUUGAAGUAAUAAUUGAACUCUUAAAUUAAUAUUUUAAGAAAAAAUAAAUAAUUUUUGUCAAAAAUAUGACUUAAUGUUUUGAUACUUUAACUGAAUACAUACAAGGACCAUGUAUAGAAAAUUAAUAUGCCUUGAUUUAAGAUAAUUUUCUUGAUUUAGCUUCAAAUUUACUAGCAAUUGAUGAAAUUAUUGAUGAUAUAAAUCUUUAAAUAAAAAAAAAGAAACGAAAAGUAUAAUAAGAUUAAAAAUAAUAAAUAUAAAAAGUUGAAUAGAUAGACAAAAACAAGGUGUAAGAAGAUGCUGAAGAUGAGCCUUUCCCAAAAUGGGAAAUAGCAAAACUAAAAUACAAAUGCUCUAUAACUUUGAUUUCUCUCCUUGAAGCUAGAUAAAAAAAUGGAGAUAUUACAUCUAGAAUGAUGAAAACUCUAAAUAUUGAUAUAAUUAAAAGAAACAUUGUUGAUAUUUAUCAUUAAUUUAUUGAUAUUAAUAAUGGAAUUUAUGAUUCAAAUAUUUUUAACCACAAUGAAUUAAAAGUUGAUUUAAAUGAUUAAGAAUAGUUAAAUAAGUGUAGUUUUAUAAUAGAAACAGGAUUUAAUUUAUUCAUUCUUUUAAAUAUUUUUAAAGAAGAUACUUAAUAAGAAGAGGCAAGUUAUAUGAAAAAAAAGAGAAAAAUUAUAGGCCCGGAUGAUUCCAAAAAUAUGCUUAAAGAUAACAUUGUAUCUAAGCUUAUAGAUCUAGUUUUUAGCUUUGCAAAAGGAUUAAAAUAAAUGGUUGAAGAAUAGGCAAACAGAGUCUAAUAAAUGGUUAAAAAUAAAGUUUAAGAUGAUUUAGAAUUAAAAAAAAUAAAAUAAAGAUAAAUAAGGGAAAAACUUAUGGAUUAGGCCUUCAAAUUUUUUUCUUAAAAUACUUUACAUAUUGAAAUUUUAAGAGAAGAAACCAAUUAACUUGAAAAAACAUAUUUCUAUUGUCCAUAUUUCUGCAAAGAUUUAGAUAAAGAAACUAAGAAUAAAUUUAAUAUGAAUGCAAAUAGAAUUUCGGUUAAAGGAAAAGUAACUUCUUUAAUUUAAGAAUCUUAAGAUCUGAUUAAGGUAAUGAAACAUAACUAUUCUAUGAACAAAUGGCUUAAAUAAAUUUCUAUUUUACAUAUAUUAUCUUAAUAAAUUAAUCUUUUAAGAGAUGUUGCUUUUAUUCUGGCUAUUUUGAUUAAUUUCUUAGUUUUAUUUUCAUAUGAAUAAGAUGAAGAAGGAAACUAAUCAGUUAAAUUAUUGAUGUAUGCUUUUACUCUUAUUGGAUAUUACUUCUUAAAUGAAUCAUAUCCUUCAAAUUUUUGUGAAAGUACAUUUAUAUGUUUACUUACUGCAUUUGAUAGAUCUUUUAAGUCGGACGGAGGGUUAGGAGGUUAUUUAAAUCAUGAAAAUUAAGAAGAUUUAUCAACAAGUUACUUUUUAGGAAGAUUCUUUUUCGAUAAUAUUUUUAUGAUUCUACUUAUGGUUAUUAUGCUUAACAUUGUUGCAGGUAUUAUUAUUGAUUAAUUUGGUGAACUAAGAGAUACUUUAAAAAGUUAUAAUGAAGAUUUAUAAAAUAAAUGUUUUAUUUGUGGAUUUUCUAGGGAAUAAAUAGAAAAAGACUCUAAUUAAAAUUAAAAUUUCAAAUCUCAUAUUAAAGAUGAUCAUUAUAUGUGGAAUUAUCUUUAUUAUAUAUCAUAUAUAUCAGACAAAAAAACUACUGAAUAUACUGGAAUAGAAAGUUAUGUAUAUAAUAAACUUUAAAAAGAAGAAAUUACUUGGUUCCCUAGCGGAAGAGCUCUAUGUAUGAAUAAAAAUGAUGAUGAAAAAUCGGAAAAAGAUGUUAUUUAUAAAUUAAAAAAUAUAAUUGAAAAACAAGAAGAAAUAGAUGAAUAAUUUGAUAAUGCUUGCUAAUUGAUAGAGAAAAUAUAAAUGAAUUAAAUUAUUAUUAAAAAAGAAGACAUAAAAUUAAAAUCUAAAAGUGAAAAUGAACAAAUCGAAUAUGAAGAUGAAGCAGAAAGAUAAUAAAAUAAAUGA